CGCUGCGUCCCGCCCUGCGCAGGAUCCAUCCACCGCAGGCUGCACUGUGAUCCACUGUGAUCCACUGUUCACUCCGGACUGAGCACAACACAACAGCACAUGGCCAGACAGCGACGCCUCUGAGAUUUGCACCGGGGAUCAGUGAACAGCAGCUUCACCAUGGUGUACGGUCAGGUCCUUCACCAGCCUCAGGACUGCUUCAUUAACGUCAACGUCGGAGGCUUCAAACAGCGAAUGGACCAAACGGUUCUAAAACGGUUCCCUCAGACACGCCUCGGUCGUCUUCUGUGUUGCAGCUCCAAAGAAGCCAUCCUGGAACUUUGUGAUGACUUCAGUCCCUCUGACAUGGAGUACUACUUUGACCGCAGCCCCAGUUUUUUUUGUUAUGUUCUCAACUUUUAUCUCACAGGGAAAAUCCACCUGGUGGAUGGGCUGUGUGUAGUCUCAUUUUUCCAAGAGAUUGAGUAUUGGGGCAUCAAGGAGCGUCACCUGGACUUGUGCUGCAGCAACAAAUUCCAUGAACUGAUGGAGCUUGCUGACAAUCAGCACUGGGAUCAGAUGAGCGAUGAGAUGCAGCUGCACAGUUUGGGCUCUUCUGUUGAGGAGCUGUCAGUUUUGGAGGAUGACACAAAAAUGUUUGAGGGCACCUGGUGUGCAAAUGUCCGCAGGAGUAUUUGGAUUCACCUUGAGAAUCCAGGUUUCUCAACUCCAGCCAAAGCAAUAGCUGUAGCAUCCCUCAGUGUGAUCAUCGUCUCCAUUGUGGCCAUGUGUGUGCACAGCAUGCCAGACUUCCAUCAGGUGGACCUCGAUGCAAAAGAGAUUGAAAGUCCAGUACUGACUUUCUUUGAGAACCUCUGCGUCCUCUUCUUCUCUGCUGAGUUUAUUAUUCGUUUGGUUGUUGCACCAUCAGCCAAGAAGUUCUUAAGCAGCCCUCUGAACAUUAUUGACUUAUUGUCAAUUCUGCCCUUCUAUGUCACUUUAGUCUGUGAUAUGAUGAACGAGGACGAGAACACAGACCUGGAGAAUGUCGGCAAAGUAGCGCAGAUCUUGAGACUGAUGCGAGUGUUUCGAAUUUUUAAACUGGCUCGUCAUUCGGCCGGCCUUCGCUCUCUUGGUGCUACGCUGAGACACAGCUCUCGUGAAGUGGGGCUGCUGGUGCUUUUCUUGUCUGUGGGAAUUUCUAUGUUUUCUGCUCUCAUUUACUUUGUAGAGAAAGAAACGGAAGAGUCGGAGCUGCAGACCAUGCCUAUUGGCUGGUGGUGGGCCACCAUCAGCAUGACCACAGUAGGCUACGGGGACACAUUCCCAGUUACCUUAGCUGGGAAGCUGAUAGGAACUCUGUGCAUCAUCUGUGGACUGCUGAUUGUGGCUCUGCCCAUUACUAACAUCUUCAACAAGUUCUCCAAGUUCUAUCAGAAGCAAAGACACUUAGAUCUGAAGAGAAACAACAACUGACAUCUCUCCAGCAUGUAGAGCUGUGGUCAAUAGGUCGACUGAUAUGGUUUUUCCAGGACCGAUGCUAAAUAUUAGUAAUCAAAGAGACUGAUAAGUCAUAGCUGGAACCGAAACACAUUCAUCGUUCAUUCACUCAUUCAUCCAGGUCCUAGUGAUCCUAUGAUCUGGAUGGCUACAAGUGAGGCCACUUACUGUCAGUUGAAAUUCUUAGGAUUUACAGUAAAAACUAAAAUCUUGGUGUCAACAUGUAAAACACCUGAAACUCCAGUGCAAACCUUUAUUAAAAUGUCUUUACUUACUCAUGUUAUACAUACGUUUAAUUUGAACAGAGCUUUUCAACUUUUGUCAUUCAGCAUUAAUCGUGAAAUUACUCAUGACAUGUAACCAAUCAAAUCAUGCUGUGGGCGGGACAUAGAGAGACGACUGCAUCAGGGCCAAAAUAGGGCAUUUUAAAAAUAAUUGUUUUAAUCUGGAAUUGGUUUUAAAUAGGAAGAUGCUAUUAAUCAGAAAACUGAUGAAUAUCAGUUCCAAUAGGCCAGGUCAACCCCUAGUGUGUUCUGCAGAGUACCAGGACACAGCUCAAGAACUUUUAACCCCACAAACUCAUUCAUCAAUCACAUCCCCUGAGAGGAUUAGCAGACACAUGGAGCUUUCAAGUGACGGUAAAUCAGGAUUGGGUUUGGUUCACCAUUUUCUGUGAGCAAGGUCAAAAAGUUAGCUACCAAAUAAAUUGCAUGUGACCUAAAUAAAUGGGGGGGAAAGUUUUGUCUUGUUUUUUUGUAAUUUUGAAUGAAUCAAAUAUUCCUCUGGUCUAUAAAAUUAGAGAAAUUCACCCAAAAUAUUCAUCAUGACAUUAAUUCUAAAGCAUUUAACCAAUAACCAGUAGGGCAAAGAUACUCAAUGUGGCAUCACUGAGGACAAAGAAAACCAAGAUUUAGAAAUCGUAAAUUUCUGGUAUUAUGGCUUUCAAGAAGACAAACAAAUCAGCUGCACAGUAAAAUCCAUUUAAACAUAGAUCACGUUAGCCACCAUUAGCUGCUAGUCAUAGCAGACCAAGCAUGACAUCUUAAACCAUUGGUGUGCUUUAUUGCUUCUAAUGUAAACUUUCCAUUUGUAAGGGGGGGAAUAAUCUUUUAAGUAAUAAUUUCAACAGAAAAAGACACAACAAUUUUUUCACCUAAUUACUUUGCCAAGGAAUGUGUUUGUUUGUCUGUCUACAACAAGUGAGAGCCACUAAAUGGGGCAUGACAGUUAUGUGAUGAUCGGCAUACGUUUGUCGUUAAUCUGUCUGUCUGUCUGUUAGCAACAUUACUCAAAAACAGACAAACGGAUUUGGAUGAAAUUUUCAGAGAAGGUCAGAAAUGACACAAGAACCAAGUGAUUAGAUUUUGGCAAUGAUGCAGCUUAUAGUCUGGAUCCACGGAUUUGUUAAAAAUUUGUGUACCAUUGCGAGAUAGUGGCACGGCGUCAACGUAACUAUGACAAGUGAACACUACAUCAGCUGGCUACUGACCAUCACAUGAUUGCGAUCCUACAACAAAUCCACCACUGCAGGCCAUGAAUUGUUUAAAGAUUUCAUCCGCCAGAAAUCAUCGGACUGAGCAGCCUUGGAGGAGUACUGCGCUCUCUGAUUGUUUGAUUGCUGCUGUCAACUCUAGCAGUAUGCUGGAUAUGACACAGCAUUGUGUAUUUGUUAGUGUCCUUAGUUCCAGCCAUACUGCACCAGUCAUCCUCUGCUAUUGAUCUGUGUCUCUGUUGUAUUUUGUUUCAAAAUGCUUUUAAUUGCUUAAUUCAGAGAGAAGCCUCCUGCUGCGUGCAGGGUCAUCAGUGUAAUGAGCUUUUCAUCAAUGUGCCUGGGUCAAGAGUCAAUAAUCAUCCUUAGAAAGUGCUGAAUUCACAAUCCAUCCCACAAUACAUAUCGAUAGUCUUUAAACAGAGAAGAAUAAAGCUGACAAUAAAAUUUC